GUCGCAUUACAAAGAAACUGCUUCGGCUGGCUAGACUACAACUACUUGCACUGAAAGAUCAUCAUUUCAAAGAAAGCGGGUUCCUUACCCUUCACUUCAACACGUUGUAGGUACCGUCACAUUACAAAGAAACUGCUUCGGCUCACUAGUCUACAACUACUUGCGCUGAAAGACCAUCAUUUCAAAGAAAACGGGUUCCUUACCCUUCACUUUAACACGUGGUAGGUACCGUCGCAUUAUAAAGAAACUGCUUCGGCUAACUAGUCUACAACUACUUGCACUAAAAGACCAUCAUUUCAAAGAAAACGGGUUCCUUACCCUUCACUUCAACACGUUGUCGGUACCGUCGCAUUACAAAGAAACUACUUCGGCUGACUAGUCUUCAACUACUUGCACUAAAAGACCAUCUCAACACGUUUUAGGUACCGUCGCAUUACAAAGAAACUGCUUCGGCUGACUAGUCUACAACUACUUGCACUGAAAGACCUCAUAAAUCUAACUAGGGCUCCACUACCAUACCCAAUUUUUGAGCUUAUGUUUAGUUUAUCCUGAUGAAUGCACAAGUUAGUUGAGUUAGGCACAUGGAGAGCACGUGAUUUUGUUGAGUUUGUUUAAGCCUUAAGCUAUUUGUCAUGCAUAUAAGCUUAGUUCUUACUGUAUCGUUUUAUUAAGAAAGAAAAUCAAUACAAAAUCAGAUAAGAUUCUCUCUGCUUCUUCUUCAAUUCUUCGAUGUUCUUCAAAUCCUUAUUCAGGUGUAUAGGGAGUUGGGCUACUCAACCUCAACUUCCUUCAGAUCUGCCCCCUAUGACCACUCAACCAGUCUCUUCUUCUUCUUCUUUUUCAUACGAUGUGUUUUUGAGUUUCAGAGGUGGGGAUACACGCUUCAAUUUUACAGAUCAUUUGCACAAGGCUUUAGUCCGUAAGGGAAUCUGGACCUUCAUUGAUCGAGAGCUUGUAAGAGGAGAAGAAAUAUCCCCAGCCCUUGUCAAAGCAAUUGAAGAAUCAAGAAUUUCUCUCAUUGUAUUCUCUGAAAAGUAUGCAUCUUCGAGGUGGUGCUUGGAUGAACUUGUCAAGAUCCUUCAAUGUAAACAAUCAAAGCAACAAGUAGUUUUGCCCAUUUUUUACAAGGUGGAUCCAUCUCAUGUGCGAAACCAAAAAAGUAAAUUUGGUGACGCAUUUGAAGAACUUAUUAAAAGGAAAUUCAAGAAUGACAAGGAGAAAGUGCUCAUAUGGAGGGAAGCUCUUACAGAAGCAGCAAAUUUGUCCGGACAUACUUUCAAGGAUGGAGAAUAUGAAACUACAUUUAUCAACAACAUCGUUGAUGGAAUCUUAAGCCAAGUACUGAGCCGUACAUAUUGGAAUGUGGCCAAGCACCCAGUUGGAAUUCAUUCUCGUGUCCAAGAUGUGAAAAAGCUUUUAGAUGUUGGUGGGAAUGGUCGUCGCAUGGUUGGGAUAUGGGGGACAUCUGGAAUAGGCAAGACAACAAUUGCAAAAGCUAUAUGGAAUGCCAUUGCACAUAAAUUUGAAGGAAGCUGUUUCUUGUCAAAUGUGAGAGAAAAUUCAAUGUCAGAUGGAGACUUAAUCAAGCUACAGGAGAUUCUUCUUCAUAAAAUUCUUGGCGGGGAAUGGAAAAUUCAUAGUGUUGAUGAAGGAAUUGGUGUCAUAAAAGAACGAUUGAGCCAUAAAAAAAUUCUCUUAAUUCUUGAUGAUGUAAAUCAAUUGAAGCAAUUAGACAAUUUGGCUGGUGUUGGUUGGUUUGGUGAGGGAAGUAGAGUCAUUACAACUACACAAGAUAGCGGAUUGCUAAAAUGUCAUGGAAUUGAUUUGAUAUACGAGGUCCAAAAGUUAUAUCGCAACCAAGCUCUUGAGCUUUUUAGUUUCUGUGCCUUCGGAACCAACAAACCUCCAAAGGAUUAUUUGGAACUCGCACAACGUGCACUAGAGUAUGCUCAAGGCGUUCCACUAGCUCUAACAAUUUUAGGUUCUCAUCUUCGUAAUAAAGACAAAGAUCGUUGGCAAGAUAUAUUAAAUAGUUAUGAAGGAGAACCAUAUACAGGUAUUCAAAAAAUACUUCAAAAAAGUUAUGAUGCCUUGGAAAAUUCCAUGCAACAAUUUUUUCUAGACAUCGCAUGUUUCUUCAAGGGUAAAAAGAAGGACUAUGUUCUACAAAUAGUAAGCAAUUCUAAGAACAAGGUCUCCCGAGAUUGUAUUGAAGUACUCAUUCAGAAGGCAAUGAUAACUAUUGACUAUGGUACGAUUCAGAUGCAUGACUUACUAGAAAAACUGGGCAAGGAUAUAGUUCACAAAGAAUCCCCCAAUGAUCCCGGCAAGCGUAGUAGAUUGUGGUUUUACGAGGAUGUUGAACAAGUUCUAACGGAAAGUACAGGAACAAGAAAUAUUAAAGGCAUCAUUGUGAAGCUUCCAGAACCAGCAGAGAUAACCUUGAAUCCAGAAUGCUUCUGUAAUAUGGUAAAUCUUGAAAUUUUCAUAAACCGUAAUGCAUCUCUAUGUGGGCACAUUAACUAUCUGCCCAACGCGUUAAGAUUGAUUGAUUGGGAUAGAUGUCAGUUACAAUCUUUGCCACCCAAUUUUCAAGGAAAUCGUCUUGUUGAGUUCAAUAUGCCACGCAGUCAUAUCAGACAAUUGGAUGGAUUUAACUUUAAGCAUUUGUCAAAGUUGACAUCUAUGAAUUUGAGGGGUUGUCAAUUCUUAGAAAAAAUCCCUGAUUUAUCUGGAAUCCCAAAUAUAAAGUACUUGAAUCUACGCGAGUGCACACUUUUGUUUGAGGUCGAUGGUUCUGUUGGAUUCCUUGAUAAACUUGUUGAAUUGGAUCUUGGUGGAUGCUUCAAUCUUACAAGGUUUGGAACAAGACUUAGAUUGAAAUCUCUUAAAAAACUUUAUCUUAAUAAUUGCAAAAGGCUUGAGAGUUUCCCAGAAAUAGAAGUCGAGAUGGAAUCACUACAGAUAUUGGAUAUGCAAGAAAGUGGCAUAAGAGAAUUGCCUCCAUCAAUUGCAUAUCUUACUGGCCUUCAAAAAUUGAAUCUUGGUGGAUGCUUCAAUCUUACAAGGUUUGCAACACUUGGAUUGAAAUCUCUUGAACUACUUGAUCUUUGUGGUUGCAAAAGGCUUGAAAGUUUCCCAGAAAUAGAAGUCGAGAUGGAAUCACUAAGGAUUUUGUACAUAUCAGGAAGUGGCGUAAGAGAAUUGCCUUCAUCAAUUGCAUAUCUUACUGGGCUUUCUCACUUGUUCGCUGCAUAUUGUGAGAACCUUACAAUUACGUUCAACUCUCAAGUUUCAUCCAGCAACUCCGAAUUACAGCUGCUUCCCAACCUAUUUCAAUUUAGUCUCACAGGAUGCAAUCUAUCAAAAAUUGAUUUACUCCUGCACCUUGAUUGCUGGUCCACAUUAACAGAACUUGAUCUAUCGGGAAACAAUUUUGUCAAUCUUCCGAGAUGCUUUAGCAAAUUUGUCAACUUGCGGACUCUUGACUUGAGUUAUUGCAAGAGUCUUCUGGAAAUUCCAGAACAAGUGCUUCCACCAGGAAUAGAAUCCGUAUCGCUGUAUAACUGCACAUCAUUGGAAAAAAUUCCAAAACUGGCUUGGGUAUUGCUAGAUAACUGCACAUCAUUGGAGAAAAUUCCAGAACUCCCACGGAAGGAUGACAAUAUGUAUCUGAGUUUGAUCAAUUGCGUUAGACUACGCGGCUACGACAUCACAGAAAAUAUUUUUCUGAAUCAGGUUUCUGUUUCUUCUUCGCGUUCUCAUUUUGACAUUCGUCUUCCAGGCGAUGAAGUUCCAAAGUGGUUCAGCUGUCGUAAAGGUGCAUCAAUAGUUAGACCUUAUUUGGUUACAGGUCCUGGAACAAAGAAAUACAAUUCUGGAUGUGAAGUUAUUUUUGAAAUUCCUCCAAAUUUAAAAUGGGAGACGUUAAGAUUGGUUCUAUGUGUUGUUACUCAAGCUGAUGUCAAGAUUCUUCUCAAUGGAAAACUCGUCAAUGAGAAACAUAUUGCAUCAUGGGAAAGUCAUGUGCAACUCACGUCUAUUCCAUUAUUGGAUAAGUACGCGUACGAGUUUGAAGAACCACUGACGAAGCAGGGUAAUACGUGUCAAGUUAUAUUUGACUUGUUUGUCAAAGUGCCCACACCCGUCAAAAUUCCCUGCGGGGUCCACCUACUAGGCCACCAGGUUGCUGAUGUCAGUGAGACUGCUGUUGUUGAUCAUGGGCCAACGUAGUUGUUGUUACCUGAUGCGAUGGCAGUCGACGAUGAUAUUGAUGAUGAUCAACACCAAGACUGCGAAUUGCUUUCCUUGUCUUUAGCAUCAAAGACUAGUCUUGGCAAGAGGCCUCGCCAAUCAGAUUACAUGGCACUUCACGAUGAUCAUCGUGCUAACGUCGUCGACAUUGGUGAUCAUGAAGCUCGAUGGCUUACCUUGUUUACUGGACCAGCGGAUCACCAAAAGAGGAGGUACACUGAUCCUAAUAAGGAGCCAAAGCAAUGAAGUUCCAAAGUGGUUUUAUGCGAGCCCCAUGUUUAGCUGUCGAAACGAACCCAAUUUCCGGCAAUGGUCUAGUAAUCAAGAGGUGUGUUGAGGCGCCACCAAUUUCUGAGAUUCCAUUUUAAGUUGCAUAAGGCAAUACCUUUCUUCUCAAUUGAUGCAUCCAGCAUUUAUCCGUGGAUGAACAAUGCCGGAUUUAUCUAAUACUUUCAUUCCACACAUAUAUUUUGUCUAUGAUUCUUCUAUCUCAUUAACUGGAAUUGAUGUGUGUUGGGGACAAAAUGUAACAGAUUUAUCUAUUUCAUAAUUUCCAAUCAAGGUUUAUUGAAAAUCAGACAUUAAUUGUAAACAGGCAUCCAAAUAUGUCCAACAUCUUUCUGUUGAAAGAUUAUGUCUCAUUA